CCAUCCUCACCUUUUUCACAAUGUCCCAGCAGGGCAGAGAAGGAGAAUCACCAAGUCUUUGACCAGUGGACACAUUUUACAUGGUAGAACGGGACAGAGGCAAUAUAUAGUAGUUGAAAAUGAAAGGAACUGUGAGGUCUUAGAAGCUGAAGACAAACUUUGGCUUCUUCUGAUCUUUGGAGCAGUUGCUGGACACACUGUUUGUGUAAGUUAAGGAGGACAGCUAGGACUCAGCUAGGAAGUUUUUACUCCAAUACAAGAGGAAGACAUUGGGAUUAAAUGCAGGUUUCAGUUUGGGCUGCUUGCUGAAUUGAAAUGAACUUCACACCACACGCACCUGCUAAGGAAGUGUGUGUGUGAGCGUGUGUUAUUUGGAACACUAGCCUUAACACUUCAAGACUUUUUGCCGCAUGUAUGGAUGAGUGUUUAGACGGUGGAGGAUGUAUAAGCGACGGGAUUAUGUUGAGCUUUAUGAGAAGGACCAGGCGAAGUGGGCACUGUUGAGGAAUGUCAACACUGUCUUCAAACAGACCACUCUGCUACCGGGGGACUAUGUGUGGUUGGACCUGAAGACAGGUCGAGAGUUUGAGGUCCCGAUUGGUGCAGUGGUGAAGCUCUGUGACUCAGGGCAAAUCCAGGUUCUAGAUGAUGAGGGCAAUGAACACUGGAUCUCCCCCCAACAUGCCACCAACAUUAAGCCAAUGCACCCAACCUCUAUUCAUGGUGUGGAGGACAUGAUUCGCCUGGGGGACCUGAAUGAGGCUGGGAUUCUGCGCAACCUUCUCAUCCGUUACCGAGAACACCUCAUUUAUACUAACUGUGGAGGCAGGACAUACACAGGGUCAAUACUGGUGGCAGUGAACCCAUACCAGCUGCUGCCCAUCUACACAGCUGACCAGAUUCGCCUCUACACCAACAAGAAGAUCGGAGAGAUGCCUCCUCACAUCUUUGCCAUUGCUGACAACUGUUACUUUAACAUGCAGAGGAAUAACAAGGACCAGUGCUGCAUCAUCAGUGGUGAGUCUGGAGCGGGGAAAACGGAGAGCACCAAGUUGAUCUUGCAGUUUCUGGCUGCCAUCAGUGGGCAGCACUCCUGGAUCGAACAGCAGGUGUUGGAAGCCAACCCUAUCCUUGAGGCUUUUGGGAAUGCCAAGACCAUCCGUAAUGACAACUCGAGCCGAUUUGGGAAGUACAUAGAUAUCCAUUUCAACAAGAGAGGAGCAAUAGAAGGAGCCAAAAUUGAGCAAUACCUGCUGGAGAAGUCCAGAGUGUGUAGACAGGCCCAGGAUGAGAGGAACUACCAUAUUUUUUAUUGUAUGUUGAAAGGCAUGACUCCAGACCAGAAGAAGAAACUUGGCCUGGGCAAAGCAACAGAUUACACCUACCUCACUAUUGGAAAGUGCACUGUGUGUGAUGGUCGUGAUGACCAGAAGGAGUAUUCCAACAUCCGUUCAGCCAUGAAGGUACUACUGUUUACAGACACGGAGAACUGGGAGAUCUCUAAACUGCUGGCCUCCAUUCUGCAUAUGGGCAACCUCAGAUAUGAAGCCCGCACAUAUGAUAACCUGGAUGCAUGUGAGGUGGUACGUUCUGUUGAGCUUUCCAUCGCUGCAAAGCUGUUAGAGGUUGACUCUAAGGAUUUAAUGAACUGCCUGACCAGUCGCACCAUCAUCACACGGGGAGAGACAGUGUCUACGCCUCUGAGCAUGGAGCAGGCCUUGGAUGUUCGAGAUGCUUUUGUGAAGGGAAUAUACGGACGUCUAUUUGUAUGGAUUGUUGAAAAGAUUAACGCAGCCAUUUACAAACCUCCAUCUCACGAGCCUAAAGCGGUGCGCAGGUCCAUCGGCCUGCUGGACAUUUUUGGCUUUGAGAAUUUCACAGUAAACAGCUUCGAGCAGCUUUGCAUCAACUUUGCCAAUGAAAACCUCCAGCAGUUCUUUGUGCGACACGUCUUCAAGCUGGAGCAGGAGGAAUACAACUUGGAGAACAUCAACUGGCAGCACAUCGAGUUUACUGACAACCAGGAUGCGCUGGAUAUGAUCGCCAUCAAACCCAUGAACAUCAUCUCACUCAUCGACGAGGAGAGCAAGUUCCCCAAGGGCACAGACACCACCAUGCUGAACAAACUAAACUCUCAACACAAGCUCAACACCAACUACAUCCCACCCAAGAACAGCUACGAGACACAGUUUGGCAUCCAGCACUUCGCUGGCAUCGUCUACUAUGAGACCAGAGGCUUUCUAGAGAAGAACAGAGACACCCUUCAUGGUGACAUCAUUCAGCUGGUUCACUCGUCCAAGAACAAGUUCAUCAAGCAGAUCUUUCAAGCUGAUGUAGCCAUGGGGGCGGAGACCAGAAAGCGUUCCCCAACCCUGAGCAGUCAGUUUAAACGUUCUCUGGAGUUGCUGAUGCGCACACUGAGUGUGUGUCAGCCCUUCUUCGUCCGCUGCAUCAAACCCAACGAGUACAAGAAGCCCAUGCUCUUUGACAGGGAGCUGUGUGUGAGGCAGCUCCGCUACUCAGGAAUGAUGGAAACAAUUCGGAUCCGGAGAGCUGGAUACCCCAUCCGCUACACUUUUGUGGAGUUUGUGGAUAGGUAUCGUGUCCUCAUGCCUGGAGUGAAACCUUCCUACAAACAGGAGGAUCUGCGAGGGACCUGCCAGAGAAUUGCUGAGGCUGUCCUUGGCAGAGAUGAUGACUGGCAAAUGGGAAAAACCAAAAUCUUCCUGAAGGACCAUCAUGAUAUGCUUUUGGAGAUUGAGAGAGACAAAGCCAUCACUGACAAAGUCAUUCUCAUACAGAAAGUUGUCCGUGGAUUCAAAGACAGGUCUAACUUCCUGAAAAUUAAGAAAUCAGCUCUUAUGAUCCAGAAGACUUGGAGGGGUUACAUCUGUCGGAAGAAUUAUGGGGCGAUGCUUGCCGGAUUCUCACGACUCCAGGCCCUGUACCGCUCCAGGAAGCUCUAUCAGACGUAUCAUGUGACCCGGCAGAGGAUGACCCUGUUCCAGGCUCGCUGUAGAGGUUGCAUGGUGCGUCGGGCGUUCAGACACCGGCUCUGGGCCGUCAUCACCAUCCAGGCCUAUACCAGGGGCAUGAUCGCUCGCCGUUUAUACCACAGACUCAAAGGAGAGUACAAGCGGCGACUGGAUGCAGAGAAGAUGCGCUUGGCCGAAGAGGAGAAGCUCAGGUACCAGAUGAGUGCGAAGCGGGCCAAAGCCGAGGCCGAGCGGAAGCACCAGGAGCGACUGGCCCAGCUAGCACGAGAGGAUGCAGAGCGGGAGAAGAAGGAGAAGGAAGAGGCACGUAGGAAGAAGGAGAUGCUGGAGCAAAUGGAAAGAGCUCGCCAUGAGCCUGUCAAUGACUCCGACAUGGUGGAUAAGAUGUUCGGCUUCCUGGGAACCACAAACUCUUUCCCUGGGCAGGAGGGCCAGGCACCCGCUGGGUUUGAGGACCUGGAACGUACUCAAAGGAAUGUGGAGGAAGAGGAUCUGGAUGAAGCUCUUCCUCUCCCCGAGGAAGAAGAGGAGGAUCUGUCUGAAUAUAAGUUUGCCAAAUUCUCAGCCACCUACUUUCAGGGCACCAGCACUCACACAUACAUGCGCCGGCCGCUCAAGCAACCCUUACUGUUUCAUGAGGAUGAGGGAGAUCAGCUGGCUGCGCUAGCGGUGUGGAUCACAAUUCUGCGAUUUAUGGGCGAUCUCCCAGAACCGAAGUACCAUACAGCCAUUAGUGACGGCAGUGAGAAAAUCCCUGUAAUGACCAAGAUCUAUGAGACGCUGGGGAAGAAGACCUACAAGAGGGAGCUGCAGGCUCUGCAAGGAGAGGGAGAGAAUGCCCACAUUGAGAGUCCUAAGAAGAACAGUGUACGUCACAAGCUAGUGUCCCUCACCCUUAAGAAGAAGUCAAAGAUAACUGAAGAGGUGACCAAGCGUCUGAAUGACGGAGAGUACACAGUGCAUGGGAACAGCAUGCUCGAGGACCGACCUACAUCCAACCUGGAGAAACUUCACUUUAUCAUCGGCAAUGGCAUCCUCCGGCCUGGACUCAGAGAUGAGAUCUACUGUCAGAUUUGUAAGCAGCUGAACCAGAACCCAUCUAAAAGCAGCCAUGCUCGAGGCUGGAUCCUCCUGUCCCUGUGUGUGGGCUGCUUUUCACCUACUGAGAAAUUUGUCAAGUAUCUGAGGAAUUUUAUCAGCGGAGGGCCUCCAGGAUACGCUCCGUACUGUGAGGAAAGGCUCAGGAGGACGUUUGUGAAUGGCACCAGAACACAGCCGCCCUCCUGGCUCGAGCUGCAGGCGACUAAAUCUAAGAAGCCCAUCAUGCUGCCUGUGACUUUUAUGGAUGGCACCACAAAAACUCUGCUGACCGACUCGGCCACCACGGCCAAGGAGCUGUGUAACGCACUGGCAGACAAAAUCAACCUCCGAGAUCGCUUCGGCUUCUCUCUGUACAUCGCUCUGUUCGACAAGGUUUCAUCUUUAGGCAGUGGUAAUGACCACGUAAUGGAUGCCGUGUCUCAGUGUGAGCAGUAUGCUAAAGAGCAAGGUGCUCAGGAGCGAAACGCCCCCUGGAGACUGUUCUUCAGGAAGGAGAUCUUCACACCCUGGCACGACCCCACUGAGGACGGAGUGGCUACCAAUCUCGUCUACCAGCAGAUCAUACGUGGUGUCAAGUUCGGAGAAUACCGCUGUGACAGGGAUGAUCUAGCUGAACUUGCCUCUCAGCAGUACUACGUGGACUAUGGCUCUGAGAUCCUGGUUGAGCGUCUCCUCAGCCUCAUUCCUUCCUACAUCCCAGACCGGGAAAUCAGCUCUGCCAAGUCAGUGGAGAAAUGGGCACACUUUAUCAUGGCAGCCCACAAAAAGGGUAUUUACACACAGAAACGAGUGGACCCUCAGAAGGUCAGAGAGGAAGUGGUAGAUUUUGCUCGAUACAAAUGGCCAUUGUUAUUUUCAAGAUUCUAUGAAGCCUUUAAAUUUUCAGGACCCAGUUUACCUAAAAAUGAUGUGAUUGUAGCAGUGAACUGGACUGGAGUUUACUUUGUGGAUGAACAAGAGCAGGUUCUUUUAGAGCUCUCCUUCCCAGAGAUCACUGCUGUCGCCAGCAGCAAAGGCAGUAAGCUCCAGGGCCAGAGCUUCACCUUGGCCACCAUUAAAGGGGAUGAAUACACCUUCACCUCCAACAAUGCAGAGGACAUCCGAGACCUUGUUGUUACUUUCCUCGAGGGCCUUAGAAAGAGGUCGAAGUUUGUGGUAGCGAUACAGGACAACCCUAAUCCAGUUGGAGAUGACUCGACAUUUCUGAGCUUUGCUAAAGGCGACCUCAUCUUGCUGGACCAGGACACGGGUGAGCAGGUCAUGACCUCGGGCUGGGCUCAUGGAAUCAACGACAGGACCAAGCAAAGAGGAGAUUUUCCAGCUGACUGCGUGUACGUGCUGCCCAUCGUCACCAGACCUCAGCCAGACAUUGUGGCUCUCGUUACCAUGACGCCCGCCCAGCGUCAGGAAUCACUGCGUGUGUCGCAGGUCGCUCUGCCUGAGAGUGUGGAGAGGGUGAAGCCUUACACGCUGGAGGAGUUCUCCUACGAUUACUUCAGGCCUCCUCCUAAACACACGCUGAGUCGUGUGAUGAUCACUAAGAACCGUGGGAAGGACAAGCUGUGGUGCUGCACUCGGGAGCCACUUAAACAGCCGCUGCUCAAGAAGGUUCUGGCUAAUGAGGAUCUAUCACAGGACGCCUGCAUGGCCUUCAUCGCCGUUAUGAAAUAUAUGGGCGAUUAUCCGUCCAAACGAACUCGCUCUGUGAACGAGCUCACGGAUCAGAUCUUUGAGGCCGCUCUGAAGGCAGAGCCUCUAAAAGAUGAGAUCUACUGUCAGAUUCUCAAACAGCUCACUGACAAUCAUGUGAAGUACAGUGAGGAAAAGGGCUGGGAGCUGCUGUGGUUGUGCACUGGUCUCUUCCCUCCCAGUAAUGUCCUUCUGCCUCAUGUCCAGAGGUUCCUGCAAUCUAAGAAACAUCAUCCACUGUCCAUGGACUGCAUGCAAAGAUUGCAGAAAGCCUUGCGAAAUGGCUCCAGGAAAUAUCCUCCUCACCUGGUGGAAGUGGAGGCAAUCCAGCACAAGACCACACAGAUCUUUCACAAAGUGUACUUCCCAGAUGACACAGAUGAGGCCUUCGAGGUCGAGUCCAGCACGAAAGCAAAAGACUUUUGCCUGAACAUCUCCGGCAGGCUGUUGCUCAAAUCGGCAGAUGGCUUCAGUCUGUUUGUGAAGAUCUCUGAUAAGGUGAUAAGUGUUCCAGAGGGUGAUUUCUUCUUCGAUUUUGUCCGCCAUCUUACCGACUGGAUCAAGAAAGCCAGACCUGCUAAAGAUGGAAUAGUGCCUUCACUGACCUACCAGGUCUUCUUCAUGAAGAAGUUAUGGACGAACACAAUCCCUGGAAAGGACUCUUUCGCAGAUUCUAUUUUUCAUUACUACCAGGAGCUUCCUAAAUAUCUUCGCGGUUACCACAAAUGCUCCAGAGAGGAAGUGUUUCAGCUAGCAGCGCUAAUCUACAGAGUCAAAUUCGAGGAUGAUAAAUCGUACUUUCCCAGCAUCCCCAAAAUGCUGAAAGAGCUGAUCCCGCAGGAUCUGAUUCGCCAGCUCUCUCCUGAUGACUGGAAAAGAUCGAUUGUGGCGUACUUCAACAAGCAUGCUGGCAAAGCGAGGGAAGAAGCCAAGCUGAUGUUUCUGAAGAUCAUUUUCAAGUGGACCACUUUCGGGUCAGCUUUCUUUGAAGUGAAGCAAACUACUGAGCCAAAUUUUCCUGAAAUCCUGCUAAUAGCCAUCAACAAGCAUGGAGUCAGUCUCAUCGACCCCAAAACCAAGGAUAUUUUAACCACUCACCCCUUCACAAAGAUCUCCAACUGGAGCAGUGGAAACACCUACUUCCACAUCACCAUCGGUAACCUGGUGCGAGGAAGCAAGCUGCUCUGUGAAACCUCACUGGGCUACAAAAUGGAUGAUCUGCUGACCUCCUACAUCAGCCAGAUGCUGACCACCAUGAGCAAGCAGCGGAGCUCACGUGGCCACAGCAGGUGAACGUCUUACUGGCGGGAGGCGGCAGAGUUGGUGCGUAUGCUCCGGGGUGUGGGUCAACCAUGCACCUGGAACCGGACCUUCGCCUGGCAGCUGUGGAGGAUGAGCCGCAGUCCCUCUAACAGCUCACAAGGCUCUGUUUACCCUGAUGAUACCGUUUCAUCCCUCUCCAGUGAGGACGACUACCUCUGACUGGACCUGGCUGGACUCUGUGGGUUAAAUCUGCUCACCUCCCGCCUCUCAAAUACUGAACCUGACCUGAAAGACAAACUGUGAUGCUCUGGAAGCAUUGCAAGAUUGCUGUUCUCUUGUGUAUGCAUGUAAAUUCACUGAAGCAGGAUACAAGCAACUUGCAGUGGCUACCAGACAUUCGUACCUGUAUAUUGCUAUAUUUAUUACUAUUAAGUGAUAACUAGUAAUUGUUAAUGUUUAUAUGCUGAUUAUAGUUAUAGGGAUGCAUUUAUUUGUAAAGAUUGCUUAUAUUCAUCUCAUAUGAACAGUUUUUUUUUGUUACUUUUGGCUGAAGUUACAGUAAGUGCUGCUCUGCGAUAUGGCCAUCAGGCAUGAUGAUGAGCCGAUCGUACUGCAACAAAUAUUACUAUAGUCUUUAAAACAACAGAAAUAAACCUUAAAAAUAAAUAUAAAAGCUAUAAUUAUGGGUUCUGAGUCCUUAGUCUUACCGUAUGUUUCGGAAAUUCACUCCUGAUUGAACACACUAAAAAAUCUACAAUGUACAGGGCAUUUUCUUUUCUUUUCAUUUUGAAGAGCAUGAAUUCAUAUGACAUAACAUUACACAUACAUGUAUAACUGAGUGCAGAAGUUUUUCUGGGUAAAUAAGACGAUUUUGGGGGUAAAUAAAGUAAAAUAUACGUAGUCUUUAAAAAUGGAUCACAAGAAGUUAAAAGUGAAAUAUACAUGUGUCCUACCACAAGAGGAUCUAAACACUAUUAGAGGUGUUUAACAUUAUUAAGGAGGAUGGGGGCAGUUCAAACGGGGGAUAAUAAACUGAUAUCAUUAUUUUUUCCUGCAAUGAAUCUCAGUAUAAAUUAUUUAACAAUCUUUGUUUUGUUGAAGGAAGCAUGGGGAAAAUUGGACGGAAGCACCGUGUGUAAUUGUUUUUAUAAGGAUUUUGAUGUGUGAAUUAAUUUCUGGCAACAUAAACUGGGACUCGAAAACAUUUUUGUAUCAGAGAUUUUAAAAGCCUUAAAUUUUUUUUUUUUGCUUAUGCAUAUUUAAGGUGUAUCUAUGUACAAUAUGUGUUUAUAGGUUUAAAUGUUAGCAUUGUGGAUUUUAUUUCGUCUUUGUAGAUUUUCUUGGUUUUAAAUGUUUGGCACUUGAGUCUAAAACAAAGAAAUGGUUUCAGAAGAAUCCGUUGUG